AUGGAAGCUGCGGGGCUGGCUAUCAGAGUGGCGGGCCUUGCUGGUUUGGUAAGCACCGCCCGCGACAUUACCGACACAAGAGACACCUACAAAAGUUACGGCUUGGAGUCUCGGCCCCGUCUCGCCCAACGUGACGCCCUUGCAGCCCUAGUUCAGCAAUGGUGCAUCAGCGUCGGAUACGAUGAGGGUGGAUUGAAAGAGAACCACCACCAAAAUCUCAACGACCCAACGGUGCUAAAAGCAGUUCAAGACAUUACCCAGUACAUCAGCACAAUCAAUGGCGACGGAAAGACCAUCCCGCCAAGCACAUCAGCAACGUCUGAGGCGGCAGCCUCCUGGCCCCAGCACUCUCGUACUCACCCAAACGAGCGAAGGCAGCUCGAGCAGCCUCAAGGGCUAGCGCUACGAAAGGACAAGUUGAAGUGGGCUCUCAAGGACAAAAAGAAUGUCUCUGAACAGAACCAGUUCAUGGAAAGCCUACUCAAUACCCUGCUUAAAUUGGUUCCUCCUUCUCAACCGGGCGAUCAGGACCAUGCACAAUCAGCACUAGAUGCACAUGCGCCAAACACGCUAUUUCUUGCCGUUCAGGAACUCAAGACGGCUAUUGAAAACCUCCAGGAAUGGGAUAAGAAACAGAAACAUGACGAGUUCAAACGGAGCCUGAGCUCUUGGUUAGGGACCACCCGGACACCCGCGACGUUUGACAACUAUGUCCAGAGGCGCUUGGAUGGCAUCUGCGAUUGGAUUUUCCAACGCCCUGAAUUCCGCAAUUGGGAGUCAUCAACAGGUUCGGCACAACCUACGGUCUUAUGGACCCAUGGCCCUGCUGGAUACGGCAAGACAAUUCUCUGCGCGAGGGUGAUUGAGCAUCUGGCAUCAUCCAUGAAUUCGCCGUUGGCAUACUGCUUUUUCUCGUCUGGGCUGGAGGGCCGCGCGGACCCCUUUAUUGUCAUUCGGUCAUGGGUCUUCCAGAUCGUUGAGCAAAACCAGCAGGCCUAUGAGCUGGCCAGGGAACGUUGGGAAGCCGCCCCCGACCAUUGUUUAUCACAGAACGAGAUCAAAGGCCUCUUCCAGGCGAUCGCGCAGAACAUACGAGGUUGCACCUUUGUUGUCGAUGGCCUGGACGAAUGUGCUGGCACGGUGUCAGACCGCAGGACAGAUUACCGACAGCCACUCGUAGACCUCUUUGGGUUUUUGAAAGAGGCUACCUCCACCACCGAGGCGCGACUGCUUAUAGUAAGUCGUAAAGAGCAAGAGAUUCGCGACGGACUGUACGCUGCAGGUACGCCCUGGAGCGUGACUGAGUAUCAGAUACGUCCCGAUGAUGUUAAGCUUGAUGCCAUGCUGUAUUCCCAAAGUAUUGUUACAGAGCAGUUACCGAACAAGACCCCAGCGCAACGGGAACAGUUGGCGCAUCAGAUGGUGGAACGCUUCGAUUCCAUGUUUCUCUGCAUCAAACUGGUAGAAGGACACCUCAAGGGUGGGAAAAGCCUGGUCAAGUUGCAGAAGGCGAUUGACCAAGCUCCAACCCGUUUGACCGAUCUUUACGACCAAACUUGGAAGAGGAUAUUUGAUCCAUCGAACGCCGACCAAAAGCGCGCAAUAGCGAUUUUGAGAUGGGCCACGUUUAGUCUGCGUCCGAUGACGAUCCUAGAGAUUACCGAAGCCUUGCUCCUCAUGGAUGACGACUCUGAUGAUCUGUUAACCGAGGAGAUCCCUGACACUAUUGACGAGAUCUAUAUAAAACACCAGAUACUAGAUCUCUGCGGGUCGCUCAUCGAAACGAGAGACACAGAUAUAUCCUGUGUCAUCAACUAA